AUGCCCCUGCAGAGAAUCAGACAGACAACUGGUUGCUUAACAUGUCAGCAUAGUCUUAAAUCUUCUCAGAAGAUGAAGUUUCAGCAUCUCUUCGAGGGGUUAGCAAAGCAAGGAAAUCCAAUUCUUCUCAAUGAGAUCUACGUAGAGCUCUACAUCACAGAGGGUGGAAGUGGAGAGAUCAGUAAUGAACAUGAGGUCAGACAGAUUGAGGCAGCAUUCAGGAGACCAGUAGAACAAGAGAUACCAAUACAAUGCAAUGACAUCUUUAAACCCUUACCCGGACAAGACAAACCCAUCAGAACUGUGCUGACAAAGGGAGUCGCUGGCAUUGGAAAAACAGUCUCUGUGCAGAAGUUCAUUCUGGACUGGGUUGAUGGUGCAGCUAAUCAAGAUGUCCACUUCAUAUUUCCACUUCCUUUUCGGGAACUGAAUUUGAUGAAAGAGAAAAAGCUCAGUUUAAUGGAUCUCCUUGAACAUUUUUUUCUUGAAAUAGAAGAACUCAAAGACACUGACAAUGGGAAAUACAAAAUCAUGUUUAUAUUUGAUGGUUUGGAUGAAUGUCGACUUCCUCUGGAUUUCCACAACAAUGAGAUCCUAUGCAAUAUAACAGAACCAACCUCAGUGGAUGUUCUGCUGACAAACCUCAUCAAGGGAAAUCUGCUUCCCUCUGCUCUCCUCUGGAUAACGUCACGACCAGCAGCAGAUAGUCACAUCCCUCCUGAGUGUGUUGUCCGGGUGACUGAGGUACGAGGGUUUAAUGACCCACAGAAGGAGGAGUACUUCAGGAAGAGAAUCAGAGAUCAGAACCUGGCCAACAGAAUCAUCUCACACAUCAAGUCAUCAAGGAGCCUCUACAUCAUGUGUCACAUACCAGUCUUCUGUUGGAUUUCAGCCACUGUUCUGGAGAGAAUGUUGGGUGAAGCAGAGAGUAGAGAGACCCCUAAGACUCUGACUCAAAUGUACACACACUUCCUGAUCUUUCAGACCAAACAGAGGAAUGAAAAGUAUGAUGGACAUCAUGAGACUGACUCACACUGGAAUAAAGAGACACUGCUGUCGCUAGGAACACUGGCUUUCCAACAGCUAGAAAAAGGCAAUCUCAUCUUCUAUGAAGAAGACCUGAGAGAGUGUGGUAUUGAUGUCAGAGAGGCAUCCGUGUACUCAGGAGUGUGCACCCAGAUCUUUAGAGAAGAAUUUGGGCUGUACCCGGGAAAGAUGUGCUCCUUUGUUCAUCUUAGUAUUCAGGAGUUCCUAGGUGCUUUGUUUGUGUUUCUGUCCUUCAAUGACAGUGAUAAUACAGAGCAACUUUCCAGCCUGUUCAAUCUUGACUCAAUGUCAGACUUACUGAAGAGCGCAGUGGACAAGGCCUUAGAGAGUGAGAAUGGACACUUGGACCUUUUCCUCCGCUUCCUCCUGGGUCUCUCACUAGAGUCCAAUCAGAGUCUCUUACGAGACUUAUUCAUAGAGACAGGAAUCAGCUCGCAGAACAAAGAGGAAACAGUCAAAUACAUCAAGGAGAAGAUCAGGGAGAAUCCCUCUCCAGAAAAGUCCAUCAAUCUGUUCCACUGUCUGAAUGAACUGAAUGACUGCUCUCUGGUUAAGGCAGUCCAAAGAUACUUGAGGGAGAGGAAUAAUUAUUCUGUCUUUGGAGUCACCCUGUCUGCUGCUCAGUGGUCAUCUCUUUCUUUUGUAUUACUGAGGUCUGAAGAUGAGCUGGAAAACUUUUACCUGAGAGAACAUGAUCAGUCAGAUCAAUGUCUACAGGAACUAUUGCCAUCAGUUAAGGCCUCAAGAAUAGCUGAACUAUCUGCUUGUAAGCUCACAGAAAAAAGUUGUGCUGCUCUGGCAUCGGUCCUCAGCUCAAACUCCUCCAGUCUGAGAGAGCUUGACCUGAGUGACAAUAAUCUGCAGGAUUCAGGGGUGAACCUGCUCUCUCUUGGGCUAAGGAAUCCUCAGUGUAAACUGGAGAAACUAGGACUCAGCAGCUGUAAUCUGACAGAGAAAAGCUGUGCAGCACUGACCUCCGUUCUGGGUUCAAACUCCUCCAGUUUAAGAGAUCUAGACAUGAGUAACAACAGUCUACAGGAUUCAGGAGUGAAGCUGCUCUCUGCUGGACUGAAAAGUCCACACUGUAAACUUGGCAUAUUGAGAUUUUGUAAUCUCUCUGAGAAAAGCUGUGCAGAACUAGCAUCAGUUCUCAGGUCAAACCCCUCCAGUCUGAGAGAACUAGACCUGAGUAACAGUAAUCUGCAGGAUUCAGGAGUGAAACUGCUCUCUAUUGGACUGCAAAAUCCACACUGUAAAUUGGAGAAACUAGGGCUAUAUAGUUGUAGACUGACAGAGAAAGGCUGUGCAGCUCUGGCUUCAAGUCUGAGCUCAGUCUCUUCCAGACUAAGGGAACUGGACCUUAGUCACAAUAAUUUGCAGGAUUCGGGAAUGAAGCUGCUUUCUGCUGCACUGGAGAAUUCACACUGUAAACUGGAGAUACUGAGCCUUUUUGAUUGCAAGCUUACAGAGAAAAGCUGUGAAAUGCUAGCCUCUGUUCUCAGCUCGCACUCCUCCAGUCUGAGAGAACUAGAUUUGAGUAACAAUGAUCUUCGAGAUUCAGGAGUGAAGCUGCUCCAGAUUGGACUGGAGAAUCCACAAUGUAAACUGGAAGUCCUGGGGUUUGUUAACUGUAAACUCACAGAAAAAAGUUGUGCAGCUCUGGCCUCAGCCCUCAGCUCAAUCUCCUCGGGUCUGAGAGGAGUAAACCUGAGUAACAAUAAUCUGCAGGAUUCAGGAGUGGGGCUGCUCUCUGCUGGGCUCAGCAGUCCACACUGUAAACUUGAGAUACUGAGGCUUUAUGACUGUAAGCUGACAGAGAAAAGUUGUGCACCACUGGCCUCAGCUCUCAGCUCAAACUUCUCCAGUCUCAGGGAUCUGGAACUAAGCAUGAAUAAACUACAGGAUUCAGGAGUGAGGCUGCUCUCUACUGGACUGGAGAAUCCACACUGUAAACUGGAGAAAAUAAGUUUGAGAGUUUGCGAAAUCACAGAGACAAGUUGCACAGGCCUGGCAAAAGCUCUCAGCUCAAGCUCCAGUCUGACCGAGCUGGACCUGAGUUACAAUAUUCUGCAGGAUUCAGGAGUGAAGCUUCUCUCUGCUGCUGAAAAUCCACACUGUAAACUGAGGACACUACGGCUAAGUGGUUGUGCUCUCACAGAGAAAAGCUGUGCAGCACUGGCUUCAGUUCUGACAUCAAACUCCUCCAGUCUGAGAGAACUGGACCUGAGUGAAAAUGAUCUACAGGAUUCGGGAGUGAAGCUGCUCGCUGUUGGACUGGAAAAUCCACAUUCUAAACUGGAAACACUGAGGUCAAAUCCCUCACGUCUGAGAGAACUGGAUCUCAGAAGGAAUGACCUUGGCGACUCAGGAGUGAAGCUGCUCUCUGAUCUACUGGAGAAUCCACAUAGUCAGCUGACCAAAGUCAAUUUCUCUGUGUCCGGCCUUCACUCGGGUUCUCAGUUUCUCUGUGUCCGGCCUUCACUCGGGUUCUCAGUUUCUCUGUGUCCGGCCUUCAUUCGGGUUCUCAAUUUCUCUGUGUCCGGCCUUCACUCGGGUUCUAACCGCCUGCUGUCUCAGCUAGAAGAGAAUGGAUGA